AUGGCGCGAGCCCUGGCAGCAGCCGUCGCGUUCUUCCUCGCCACCUUGCUCCUCGCUUCGACUCUGGCCACCGCAGCGCCGACGAGCGGCAUCCCGGCCGUGUUCGCGUUCGGGGACUCGACGCUGGACCCGGGGAACAACAACGGCCUGGCCACGCUGGUGCGCGCGGACCACGCACCCUACGGCUGCGGCUUCCCGGGGGCCGCGGCCACGGGCCGGUUCUCGGACGGCAAGCUCAUCACCGACUACAUCGUGGAGUCGCUCGGUGUCAAGGACGUCCUCCCGGCGUACCGCGACAGCGGCCUCACCGUCGCGGAGGCCUCCACGGGGGUCAGCUUCGCGUCGGGCGGGUCCGGCCUCGACGACCUGACCGCGCAGACCGCCAUGGUGUCCACGUUCGGCUCGCAGAUCGGCGACUUCCAGGACCUGCUCGGCAAGAUCGGAAUGCCCCAGGCCGCCGAGAUCGCCAGCAGGUCGCUGUACGUGAUCUCCGCCGGCACCAACGACGUCACCAUGAACUACUUCAUACUGCCAGUCCGGGCCGGCAGCUUCCCCACCAUCGACCAGUACAGUGACUACCUCAUCGGCAGGCUCCAGGGAUACAUUCAGAGCCUGUACAAUCUGGGAGCCCGGAACUUCAUGGUGUCCGGCCUGCCACCGGUGGGGUGCCUGCCGGUGACGAGGAGUCUCAAUCUGGCGUCGGGAGGAGGCUGCGUCGCCAACCAGAACGCGGCCGCGGAGCGGUACAACGCGGCGCUGCAGCAGAUGCUGACCAAGCUGGAGGCCGCGUCCCCCGGCGCCACGCUUGCGUACGUCGACGUGUACACCCCGUUGAUGGACAUGGUCACGCAGCCCCAGAAAUAUGGUUUCACCGAGACGAGCCAAGGCUGCUGCGGGAACGGUCUGCUGGCGAUGGGGGCGCUGUGCACCAGCGCGCUGCCGCAGUGCCGGUCUCCGGCGCAGUUCAUGUUCUUCGACUCGGUGCACCCGACGCAGGCCACCUACAAGGCGCUCGCCGACCACAUCGUCCAGUCUCACAUCACGCAGAGUUAG